UCCAUCAACAAACAUGCCUUCUCCAGACCAAAUAUCUGUCAUGAGGUCCGCCUUUGGGGCUUGUGGGGUCGUAGUUAUCAUUCUAUUGUCUCCCUUUUUCAAGCUAUUUGAUUACAUUCGAAUGACGAGGAGCACACAAAGGUGUUUCACGGAUUGGAAGAAACAUGCAACAAAAGUGUAGCAUGUCCAACGCCAGGUUCGCGAAUGGAUCGCUGGUGGCAGGAAAAAACACAUGUGCACGGGACGACCGGCCUGGCAAAGUUUUUCGAUUAAUAAAAUUAACAAGAAAGGCUACUUCCAGGUACAGAUGGAUUUAAAUGACGUGAUCGAAAUCGAUGUGAAAAAUAAGGUGUUAACCGUUGAGCCGGGCGUAAUGAUGGGACAACUUUCUGAAAUACUUAUAAAUUUGGGAUUUGUAAUUCCUGUCAUUCCGGAACUGGAGUCACUUACCGUUGAUAAGAAACAUUUGUGGGUAUUUAUCUAUUAAUAUUGUUAUCAGAUUGUUUAAAAAAACUUAUUAUCACUCGUUAUUCAUGUAUUUAGGAGGCUUAAUUGUUGGAGCAGGAAUAGAAACGAGCAGUCAUCACUACGGAUUCUUUACUGAUACGGUUACUUCCUUCGAAAUGGUUACGGCAGAUGGCGACAUAGUGAACUGCUCCAAGACUGAAAAUUCCGAUCUGUUCAACGCCAUGCCGUGUUCUUACGGGACGAUCGGAUUCCUUACAGCCGUUACGAUGCCACUAAUACUAGCUGGAAAGUACAUAAAGAUCGAGUACGUCCACAUGACCUCGGUUCCCGCCGCCAUUAAACUAAUGCGAGAACGGAACAAGAACCACGGUUACGUGGAAGGCAUCAUGUAUUCCAUGACGGACAUUAUGCUCAUGUUUGGCGACACCACGGACAAUCCUAAAAAAUCCCAGAUCAAUUACAUUAAUCGCUGGUAUAAACCCUUUUUUCACAAUAUGGUGGAAAAUAUUAUGAAAAAAUUGAAAGCGAGCAAGAAAAAGGGGUCGUCGUCGCCCCCGUAUGUCGAGUACUUUCCUCUCCGGGACUAUUUUCACAGACAUUCUCGCGGCAUGUUUUGGCAGGCCGAGAACAACAUGCCACUCUUAAGCAAUAGAAUCGUCAUGUUUUUCUUCGGAUGGAUGCAUCCCAUCAAUACCCAACUUGUGCUUGGAUUGACGCCGAGUUUCCUGUUGAAAUUUAUGAUUAAAGACAAGGUCCUGCAGGAUUUUUGCGUCCCGAUGGAAAAGUUGGAUGAAUUUUUGAGGAAAUUGGACACGAUAUUUAAGCUUUAUCCAAUUUGGUGGUGUCCCACGAAAAUAAGUAACGACUCGAUGUGGAAAACGCCUCAAAUAUAUAACGCAGAUUACAUGAAUCUUGGCAUCUAUGGAACUGCUAUACCUUCUGGGCGUACUAUUGCUGAGAGGAUUGGAGAAUGCGAACAGUACUGCCUUCAUAAUGACGGAUAUAAUGGGUUUUACGGGGAUGUAUUCCUCAAUCGGGAAGAAUUACGCAAAAUGUAUGAUACAACGGCUUAUGAUAAAGUUCGCAAGGCGUCGAGCAGUUGUAGGAAAGCAUUUCCGGACGUUUUCGACAAAGUUUUGAGGAAAAUCAAGUAAUUAAUGAAAAUUACAUAAAGAAUGGUCAGCAUCAAAUCAUUUAUCAAAAUCAAAUUAUUACUAAUUGUAAGAAGUAAGCAAAUGAAUCAAAAUUGAAUAAACCCUUACAAACGAAUAUAAAAAAGUA